UUAAAGCCGUGUGCAAGUGGUGAAUUUAGAUGUAGAAAUGGUGAAUGUGUUAAUUCGACUUUAAGAUGCAAUGCAGAACCUGAAUGUACAGAUUAUUCUGAUGAAUCGAAUUGCGUUUAUCCUUCGCGAGAUUGUUCCGUUCAACAGUCUCGCUGUCAGAAUAAUCGAUGUAUUGGACUAUUCUCAAUUUGUGAUGGUCGCGAUGACUGCUUCGAUAACAGCGAUGAAAAAAACUGCGUUGAUAAGCCAGGAACUUGCAGAUCUGUCGAAUUUACUUGCCAAAAUUCUACCAUACCGUGUACUUUAUUAGCUUAUCAGUGCGAUGGCGUUCGCGAUUGUUCGGAUGGCUCUGAUGAACUUGGAUGU